UCGAAGUUGGAUGUGCUGAUGUAAUUGGCGCACGCGAGUUGGCCUACGGCAGCAAAAAACACGUUAAGAAUUUCGUCAUCGUUUCAGCUCCGACGCGCGCGUAAAAACAAAACAAACCAAACAGUUACAAUGUCUUGGGCUAACGGUAAUGCCCGUAACAAUCAUGUAAAAUUGCGUUAAAAGCAAAAUGGCAGCAAAUGAAACGAUGCAUAGCACAACUAAUUGGUAUUAGACGUUAACAAGCAGCAGCAAAAGCAGCGGCGGCUCCAGCUCCAGCACCAGCAACUGAGCAUAAAGAGCAAAGAUUUGAGGGCGAUUGGCUUGGAGGGGUGAAGAGAAAGAGAAAGAGAGAGAAGAGAGUGUGCUGCACUGCAGGCGCCACAUAAAAGUCAAUUAAUGCACAAUUACAACAACGGCAGAGAGUACAACAAACACUUGAGAGGCAGCGACAGGAAACGGCAGCAACAGCAGCAGCAGCAGCCGGCGAAGGACCAGUGAAAAAUCAGCCCGGAUAAGCAACGGAUACGGCUGGCAACUGCAGAAUUACGCCAAAUUACACGCAACGCUCACUAGGUGCAGCAACUGCAUUACCGAGCGGGCGGACAGGCGGACAGACGGACGGACGGACGGACAGGAAAGCAUUCAGGACGAAGAAAGAAAGCCAGCGCAUAAAAAUGACUUUCGUUAACAAGCUGAGCAAAAGCUUUCGUUGGCUGCGCUGCUCGACAUUGUGCGCCAUUUUGUUUUAUAUGUUUUUCAUUGGGCUCAUAUUGCACGGCACUAGCCACAAGCUGCAGCAACACCAGCAACAGCAACAACAACAACAACAGCUGCAGCAGCAGCAGCAGCAGCAACCGCAAAGGGAUCUAAGCUCAACAGCACAGGCGUCCCAGGGCCAAAUCCAUGGUGCGGCGGCAACCAAUGAGGGCAGUAAUAGACGCGACCAGCAGCAACAGCCUGAGGAAUUGGGGCAGCAACAAAAAGCGCAACAACACCAACAGCAGUCAAAGUUUUCAUCUAACGUGCUCAGUUUGGGCAAUGCCCCAACGAAGAAAGAACGACAACGCAACAUGCACUCGAUAAAUAGCAAUGCCAUAGUCGAUGGCAAGACGCAAGUUGCAGCGGCGGCGGCGGCGGCUGUAGCCUCGCCAGGAUUAACAGUGGGUAGAAAAUUAUCCCAACCGCAGCCCGAAACAGUUUUAUUAACGGCCAGUAAUGUGAAUGAGAAGCAAAUACUAGCAAAAGCUUUCAAACGCGCCGAUCGCAAUCAUGACGGCCAGCUGUCCAUACAGGAGCUGGGCGUGUAUAUAAACAAGCGGAUUGUGGAGCACAUAGACAUGGCCAUAAUGAGCAAUGUGCGUGAAUUUCGACGCGUGGACAUUGCGCCGGCCGACGGACUGAUUACGUGGGAUGAGUAUCAUCGACACUUUUUGCGCGAACACGGCAUGACAGCGGCGGAUAUUGAUGAGCACGACGAGAUUAGGCACACGGCGCUGAAUCGCAAGGCACGCGAGGACAUGAUGCGUGACAAGGCGCGUUGGACGGAGGCAGCGCGCACGGACUUGUUCACGCUGACCAUAGAUGAAUACUUGAGCUUCAGGCAUCCGGAGUCGAGUGUGUCCAAUUUGCUGGAGCUGGUGGAUGAUUUGUUGCGUCAGUUCGACCAGGACGGCGAUGAUCAACUGACACUGGAGGAGUUCUCCGACUUGAAUGUGGAUGACGACGAGGACUUGCUGCGCAAGUCGCUCAUAUCCAAGACGCUAGUGGAGCGUCGCGAGGAGUUUAAGCGUAUCAUAGACAAGAAUCACGAUGGCAAGGCGGACCGAGGCGAGCUGCUCAACUAUGUCAAUCCAAAGACGCCAAGGUAUGCGCUGCAGGAGGCGGCAACAUUGUUUAGCUUGUGCGAUGAGAACAAGGACGAGCUGCUAACACUUAAGGAGAUGACUGACAAUGCUGAGAUAUUUUUACAAUCGAAAAUGAUUGACACGGCUAAUAGUUUCCACACCGAGUUCUAAUUACCGCAUACCGUCCCCUUGCUCUGCACCCCAAUCUUUGUCGGUCAUAACUAUUAUAAAAGUUUAUGCAUUUAUAGUGAUAUUAAUUUGUAAGUUGUUGCACCUAAUGUUUAAUAACUUUGUACUUUGUAAACUUAAGGCCAAGAGGCAAUUCAGUUAAUGUGCGAAAACAAAAACAAAACCAAUACUCAUUAUAUACGUAAUUUUAUUA